AUGCGUCUGUAUCACGCUCUGCUCGUGACCGCGGUUGCGCUGCUCGCCAGCAACGUUUCCGCUGGCUCAACUGACUGCGCAAUGACCCCCGAGAUUGUCGAAUCCGCCAGUGGAUCUGCACCCAAGGACUCGUUCGACGGGUUCGAUUCGUCCAACGACUCUCCCAUCCAGCAGGGCUCCACUACCAGCUCCGACGUUGGUGCUAGCCAGGAGGUGUCCUCGGCCAGCGGCUCUUCGCCGAAGGACUCGUUCGACGGCUUCGACUCGUCCAAUGACUCGCCCAUCCAGCAGACCAGUUCGGAUGGCUCCGCGCCGACCGACUCCUCUUUCACGAGUAGUAACAGUGGCCCCACUGUUGACUUCCCUGACUACGGCCAGACUACGGACGCCCCUGGCUCCGCGCCAACCGACUCCUCUUUCACCAGCAGCAACAGCGGCCCCACCGUUAACUUCCCUGACUACGGCCAGACUACCGAUUCCCCCCAGGACUCUCCGAUCCAGCAGGACUCCGCCACUGCGUCUGGCAGCCAGGGACCCACGACGGAUGCCCCUGUGGCGCAGGACUCCACCACGAACUCUGCUGUUGAUGCCAGCCAGGCCUCAGCCUCGGCGUCAGCAUCCGCUUCGAACGCCGACGACAUCAAGCAGGGUGUGGUUAUUCCUGCCGGUCCGUCUGACGACGAUGCCUCUCAGAAAACCGACGUGGCCGGUGAGUCUGACAUCAACUUCCAGACUACUGAGGCCCCUUCGGCUACCACUGCUGCUCCUACGGCCGCUAGCUCCAGCUCCAGUGGAUCGAGCUCAGACAACUCGAGCGUGCAGUCGACUUCGACUACUUCGGCUGACAACUCCAAGCUGUGCGCUAAGCCGCGUAUCCAGAUCACGGAUGUCGAUGUUGGUGCCGCUAUUGAGGCCAAUGAGGACGAGGCCGCUCUCAAGCUUGUGGCUAUUGCCGCUAUACCGGGUGGCGGCUCGCGCGUCGCUUUCCAGAGCGGCGACAGUAUCAUUGUCCGUGAGCUUGAUGCUAACGACAAACUCGUGACCAGCAGCCCCGCCGUCAAGGUGCCGCUUCACGACUUCGCCGACAUCCACGCCGACAAGAACGGCUUUGUCAUCCUCGGCACGAGAGACGCCGAGGGCGGCGGUACCCUCAACUGUGGUAACCCGAGCAACCUGUGCGGUUCGGCUCCUAGUCCGGCCGUUCCGUGCUACGACAUGUACAUGAUCCGCUAUGACGGCACGAAGGAGUCGUGGGCUACGAAGCUGACGUCUUCGAGUGCAUCGCUGCCUCCCUACUCGUCGGGCAAGACUGGCCCUGACGUGUACAUGAUCUGGUGGUACGCUCACCACGGCCGUAUCGCGUUCGACGGCAAGAACUGGGCCGCGUACUUCGGUGCCGCCAUCUCCACGUCGGAGGGUGGCUGCAUCAACAUUCACCAGGGUGACCGCAUGAAGGUGGUUGACGCUACCGGUAAGAUCACGGCGGACGAGGACUCGUUCGACUGGGGUUGCUCGCACUCGGCUUACGAGCGUAUCACGUACGACAACCGCACGGACAGCUACGCGACUAUCUGUAAGACGGACAGCAACAACCGUAUCAUGCCGCCUAAGGACUGGGGCACAACGAUCUACCCGGUUGACCUGGGUGCUGCCAACUUGGGCGACAUCGUGCCGGACUCGGACGCUUCCAGCAAGAAAUACUGGGCUACGGUUAGCAACGGCAACGGCGACAACGCCAAGGUGCACCUGAUUCACUUUGCCAUGAACGCGGCUGCCAGCGAGGAUAUCACUCUGGGCGGCACGGACGCCAACGAGCGUGCGCCUCACCUCGCGCAGAUCGGCAGCGGCGGCAUGCUGGCUGUGUGGGAGGGCAGCUCGUCGGGCGGCGACUUCAUGGAGGGCGGUGACCGCACGAUGUAUGCGCAGGUGCUGGACGCUUCGUCGGGUAAGGCCAUCAGCGACAAGGUGACGGUGGACAAGUCCGUGGUGGGCAACCGCUACCAGGCAUUGAAGACGUACCCGGAUGGCAGUGUGGCAUACCUGUCGAAGGGUAAGACCGGCAGCUCGCUGCAGGUGGUUCGCUUCUUCGGGUGCUAAGAAAAUCGGAGAACGGAAUCCGAUAUACAACUUUGAAUGUAUAGAUGUCUGGUUAAAAAA